AUGCUACCGGAUGGCCCUCUUUCGGUCAUUGAUUUGGCCGAAAUCCUUGAGGAAAAACCGGUGUCGGUGAUCAAGUUUUUGAUGACUGAUCUGGGCGUCAUGGCUUCCAUGACUCAGAAUCUCGAUUCAGCAACCUGCGUGGCGGUUGCGGAAGGUUUCGGAAAGAUUGGCUUGGAAGAGAGCGCUCUUGCGACUGGAGUUGUGUUUGAUGAAGAUGACCCGGCCGAUCUUAAACCUCGUGCUCCUGUCGUUACCAUCAUGGGACAUGUUGAUCAUGGAAAAACUUCUCUGUUGGACACCAUCCGAAAGACUCAAGUCACUGCCGGUGAAGCGGGCGGUAUCACGCAACAUAUUGCAGCCUAUCAAGUCACUCGAAACGAUCAAACGAUAACUUUCGUGGACACGCCUGGACAUGCAGCGUUUACUGAUAUGCGUGAACGUGGAGCAAACAUUACCGAUAUCAUUGUCUUAGUGGUAGCUGCUGAUGACGGAGUAAAGCAACAGACGGCAGACUCCAUUGCAUGUGCCCGCCAGGCAGGUGUACCGCUUAUCGUUGCGAUUAACAAGUGCGAUCUUGAAACUGCCGACCCUACAAAAGUCAUGACCGAGCUUACGUCCUACGAUGUUUUGACGGAAGAAUUUGGUGGCGAUGUUUUAUCGUCUCAGAUCAGUGCUAAAAAAGGCACCAACAUCGACGACUUGCUAGACAAGAUCAUGCUACAGGCCGAAAUUCAGGACAUUAAGGCAAAUCCAGAUCGUGAUGCGGAGUGCAUUGUAGUCGAAGCAAACGUUGAGAAAGGCUUGGGUACAGUUGCAACAACUCUCGUUCAGAAAGGAACCCUACGUGUCGGAGAUGUUUUUGUUGCUGGUGAAACCCAUGGAAAGGUGCGAGCUUUGCUCUCAACAUCAAAUAAUGAUCGCAUGAAAGAGGUCGGUCCUAGCACUCCAGUUCGAGUAGUGGGUUUUGAGGGCGUUCCCUGUGCUGGGGAUGUUCUGAUUGUUGCGAAAGACGAACAGACAGCCCGUGAAAUGGCUGAAAACAGGCAAAGAAUAGCUAGGGAAAAGUCCUCGUCUUCUUAUCAAGCUGGUUUGAUGGAUUCUGUUGCGAUGACAUUUGGUGCUGUUAAAGAGAGUCGUGAAAUGUGUGUCGUUGUCAAGGCUGAUGUCCAGGGCUCCGCCGAAGCUUUGACUCGUGCUCUUAGAGAUUUGAAGCGCGAAGAUGAUCAAGCAAUUGUAACUGUAAAAGUUCUUGUGAGUGAAGCGGGCGAAGUCAGCAAAAGCGAUAUCGCCAUUGCAAGCGUUACACCGGAUACAACCGUGAUUGCUUUCAAUAUUCCAGCGUCAUUCGCCGCAAUGGAAGACUCCCGCGUAACCGGGGUGCCGAUUGAAUAUUACAAUAUAAUUUAUGAUGCCAUUGAGUCGGUCGAGUCGAGAAUGCAAGAAGUCUUAUCCCCGACACCUGAAGGAGAGUAUGUUGGUUCUGCCAAGGUUCAAGAAGUAUUCAAUAUUGGCGGAACGGGCAAUAUUGCAGGCAGCCGAUGCACAAACGGCUUUUUGAAGAAGGGAGCAAAUGUUCGUGUUAUGCGAGGGGACAAAAUCCUCAUCGAAAGUCGAAUCAAGACCUUGCGAAAUUUCAAAGCAGAAACGGACUCGAUUGAGGAAGGCAACGAAUGUGGAAUUGGCCUCCUCGAUUUUGAGGCGUUUGAACCGGACGACGUUAUUGAAUGCUAUGUGGAAUAG